AUGCCACUGAACAUAAUGCUUGAAGUUAAACUUUUUGAUGUUUGGGAUAUAAAUUUCAUGGGACCAUUUGUUUCUUCAUUUGGAAAUAAAUACAUCGUGGUUGAUGUGGACUAUGUUUCCAAAUGGGUAGAAGUGGUAUUGCCUAAGAAUGAUGCUAGAGGGGUAACCAGAUUUUUGAAAAAGCACAUCUUUACUAGGUUUAGCACUCCUAGGGCAAUUAUCAGUGAUGGAGGUUCACAUUUUUGUAACAAACAGUUUGAUGCUUUGCUUGCCAAAUAUGGGGUUACCCAUAAAGAAGCCACUGCUUAUCAUCCACAGACUAGUAGACAUGUCAAAAUUUCUAAUAGGGAGAUUAAAAGAAUAUUGGAAAAGACAGUGAUUGGGUUUAGGAAAGAUUGGUCUCAAAAGCUUGAUGAUGCAUUGUGGGCCUAUAGAACUGCAUUCAAAUCUCCAAUUGGAAUGUCUCCUUAUAAACUUGUAUUUGGUAAAGUAUGUCAUUCGCUUGUUGAACUUGAACAACAUACAUAUUGGGCUAUCAAGCAUUUAAAUUUUAAUAUGCAAGCUACAGGUGAGAAGAGACUUUUGCAAUUAAAUGAGAUUGAUGAAUUCAAGUUAGAUGCAUAUGAGAAUGCCAAAUUAUACAAAGAGAAAACUAAGAUGUGGCAUGACAAAAAGAUAUUGAAUAGGGAAUUUGAACUUGGACAAUUGGUGUUAAUUUUCAAUUCUACGUUAAAACUUUUUCCUGGUAAAUUGAAGUCUAGAUGGUCAGGUCCAUUUGAGGUUAUUAAUGUUUCUCCUUAUGGAGCAAUGGAAAUUCGAGAUUUAGGUACUAAUAUGACUUUCAAGGUUAAUGGACAAUGGUUGAAGCAUUAUUUUGGUGGACCUAUUGAUUGUCAAGUGUCCACAAUCACACAUUCCACUCCCCAGUAA